UUGAUUGUUAGCGUCAUCUGUGAGUGACAUUGAAAUGGAUAUGCGUUUGAAUGCAUUGAAUCAGUGGUAACAAUAUGGCCGACAAAGACAGUGCCGCAGAUAAAGACCAAAUGGACAACUUUGUAAAACAGUGCCGAAGUAUUAGCGACAGAGAGAAGUUGCGACAAUUGGUGUAUGAUUUGUGUGCCCGAGUAGUCAAUGGACAGUCCAAAGCAGAUCCAGUCGUCAUUGCGCUCAUCGAAGUCAUUGCGCUCAAUUCAGAUAUAAUUAACAUAUUAAGUGAUGUUUUGUUACUUUUUGAUGUUGAGACACAGACUUUGGAAAACAAAGACAACACAAGAGACCAUUAUCUGCAACUCUUAUCUGCCGUUAAUAAUAGAGUUAUAUCUGAAUGGGUUCUUAAGGAAAGACUUGAUUACGAGACCACUGGCGAUGCGAGGAUUGUUUCGAAUAAGAAGACUGCGUCGACAAAGUUUAUUAAACUUAAGACAAGACUUUUUUAUAAACAACAAAAGUUCAACUUAUGUCGAGAAGAGAGUGAAGGGUAUGGAAAGUUGAUUGUCGAGCUCUGUCAGGGCAUUGCUUUUGAUCACAAAUAUAUGCUUCAAGUGGUUAAGAAACUUAUCGGUUGCUUUAAUUUGGAUCCGAAUCGUGUUUUGGAUAUAAUUCUUGAGUGUUUUGAGUACAACAUUGAUCUUCACAAAUGCUAUAUACCUCUAAUUCAAGAAUAUUUACCAAACUCUACGACUUUAACACAAAUAUUAGCCUUUAAAUUAAGUUUUUAUCAGAAUGAAAACUCAUUACAAACUCCCGACACAUUAUAUCAAGUGAUUGCAUUGGCUCUACACUACAAACUUAUUGAAUUGAAUCAAUUAUAUGAUUUUUUAUAUCCAAAUGACAACAAAAUAUUAGAUGAUUUUAAAAAUGAAUUGUCAGAAGCGAGAACUUUUGCGAAGAAAAUAAAUUCAAUUUUGACAAAUCCUGAAAAACAAAACGAAGACGAAAAGAAUGUCGAAGAAGAGCGACAAAAACAGUUCUUAAGUAAUCAGAAGUUAGGUUUAAUAUUAGCACUUCUUAAAGUCGGCGAUUGGAAGAAUGCAGAGCUUUUGAUCAGAAAAUUGCCCGAAUAUUAUGCCGUCUCAUUCGAGACCAUUGCUAAUCAAUUGUGUGAUUUAAUUCAUUAUUCAAUUGAUAAAAUUUAUAAACAGUACUCAGGUUUGCCAACAGUCAUUGCGUCCAAAAUCAAAUCAUACAAAUGUGCGAAACAACCGCUAAUUAAACAAUUUGAAAACGUUUCCGAAUUGAAGAGCACAGGAUUCACAAUGAUAUCAUCGAUCGGUCCAUUUCUUUAUAAGGACACACUAUUGAUCUCUAAGAUAAUUAGAUUUUGUCGAACAUUACUAUCGAGUUCUUCAACUGCCAAUUCAGUCAAACACGACAUCAUUACAAUUCUUGAUGAAGCAAUACUUCCAUCAAUGUCUUUAGUUGAGAGUAAUUGUGCCCUUUCUGAGGAACUGUGGCUUCUUAUGAAAUCAUUUCCUUAUCAACAACGUUACAAACUCUAUACUAACUGGAAGGCCGAACCAUCUAAUACUUUGAUGAUAAAGACCAGAGCGGCUACUCUUAAGAGAAUUAAAUAUAUAAUGAAGAGAUUGAGUAAAGAGAAUGUGAAGCCUUCUGGUCGUCAAAUCGGUAAAUUGAGUCAUUCGAAUCCAUCAUUUCUUUUUCAAUAUAUAUUAUCACAAAUUCAGUCGUAUGACAAUCUUAUUGGACCAGUUGUUGACGCAUUGAAAUAUUUGACAACCAUUUCAUACGAUGUGUUGGCAUUUUGUAUGAUUGAAGCACUGGCCGAUCCGGCCAAAGAGCAGACUAAGCACGAAGGCGCCACAAUCUCUCCAUGGCUUCUAAGUUUAGCCAGUUUUUCUGGAUCUGUAGUCAAAAAAUAUCCGAUUGAAUUGCCGGGAAUUCUCCAAUUUGUUGCCAAUCAACUCAAGUCUGAAAAAUGUCUCGAUUUACUUGUUCUUAAAGAGAUUGUUCAAAAAAUGGCUGGAAUUGAAGCUUUAGAUGAUAUGACAAACGAACAGUUAUCUGCAUUGAGUGGAGGGGAACUAUUGCGGGCAGAGGGCGGGUAUUUCAAUCAAGUGAGGAAUACCAAGAAGUCGACGAGUCGUUUAAAAGACGCAUUACUUGACAAUAAUCUAGCGAUGCCUUUGUGUAUACUUAUUGCUCAACAAAGAAAUUGUAUACUUUUUCAUCAACAGUCACACAUCAAACUGGUUGGCAAACUCUAUGAUCAGUGUCAGGAAACACUUGUCCAAUACGGUAGCUUUUUGGCCAACACUCUCAACAUUGAUGACUAUAUUGAGAAUCUUCCGCCACUCGAGAAACUCAUUUCCGAUUAUAGUCUAAGUGCUGACAUUACCUUUUUCUUAGUGCGACCAAUGAUUAUUCAUUAUAUUAAUUCCAAAUUUGAUGAACUGAAAAAAGUUGAUAAGACUUCCAGUAAACUAACCCAAUAUUAUAUCGACGCCUCCGAUACAGUUACGACACCACUCGUCAAAUCUAUAGUUCCCGCAUAUUCAGCAAAAUUUUGGGAUGAUUUAAGUCCUCGAUUUUUUGUCACCUUUUGGACCUUAACAAUGUAUGACCUUCAAGUGCCCACUCAAAGUUAUGAACGCGAACUCAAGAAAUUCAAGGAUCAAAUUACUGCGGCCGACGAUAAUAAAGAUUUAGCGCCGAAUAAAAGGAAAAAAGAGAAAGAAAAAUGUUUAUCAAUGAUGGAAAAGUUGACCGACGAAGAAGCUAAACAACAGGAUCAUAAAAGUCGUGUUUUGGCACGUCUUCAGAAAGAGAAGGAUCAAUGGUUUCAAUCAAAAGUGGCUAAAAUGGAAAUGACGACACAAUUUCUGCAACACUGUCUGUUUCCUCGGUGUAAAUUUGCCGCUUCUGACGCACUAUUUUGCGCCAAAUUUGUCCAUUUGUUACACGUUUUGCAAACUCCCAACUUUUCGACACUUAUUUGUUACGAUAGAAUUUUCGGUGAUAUAUCAUACACGAUGUGUUCGUGCACUGAGAACGAGGCCAACCAUUACGGCCGCUUUCUUUGCGCUUUAUUGGAGACAGUAAUGAAUUGGCACAAAGAUAAAGAUGUUUUUAAUAAGGAAUGCGCAAAAUUUCCGGGAUUUGUCACAAAGUUCUGUGAGAAAGAUCCGGUUCACGUGGACUUUGAAAACUAUCGACACGUUUGUCACAAAUGGCACUACAGACUGACCAAAGCAUUCAUAUUAUGUCUCGAUUCUGGAGAUUACAUUCAAAUUAGAAAUUCACUCAUUAUUUUGACGAAAGUUUUGCCACAAUUCCCAGUCAUGAUUAGCUUCGCUCAAGCAAUUGAACGCCGAGUUGAUAACAUUCGUAAUGAGGAAAAGGAGAAACGGCCCGAUCUCUAUGCAUUGGCCACCGGAUAUUCCGGUCAAUUGAAGUCCAAAAAGUCGACAUUCAUUCCUGAAUCAGAAUUUCAUAUUAAAGAGACUAAAAAAGUGCCACAAAAUAGCACUCAAAAUAAUGUGAAAACAGAAAUAAAUAGUAAUAUCAACAUCAAGAAGGAACCCAAAGAAGUAAAUAAUAUCGAAAAAGAGACAAUUAAGUCAAAGAACAGUAUUGAUAGUAAAGAAGUAAAUGAUAAAAGAAAAGAAUCAAAGAAAGAAGUGAUUAAAAUGGAAUCGAAAAAUAAGAAAAUAUCAAAUGAAGAGAAAAAUAAUACCGAAAAGAAUCACAGAAAUGAUUCUCGUUCUUCAUCGGUAUCAUCAUUGUCUCCACGAAGAACUGAACACAGAAUUAAAGAAGAAUCCAUUGAUGAUAAAGAAAGGGAACACAAGAAAAGGAAAGUCGAUUCUAAUAAGGAUGAAAAUGAUAUUAAACGGGUUAAGGAUGAACUCAAUAAUGGAGUUUCAAACGCACAGACAGUUAGGUCUCAUGAAAAGAAACAGUCAUCGACUGUCAGAAAAAGACAACAGAAAGAAUCGCCAACUAGUGAUGUGACAGAUAUUAAUCAAACCCCUAAACGCCGUAAAGACGACGACACGAAUAAAACUAAACGCGAAGAUUCCAGAAAUAAAAGCACAGAUAAGAGAAGCACUUCUCGGCGUCACAAACAAGAAGAUGACAAAUGAUAGCAUGUUUUGACUGUUAUUUAUUAAUUAUUUUGUUAUAAAUAAUGAUUAUUAUAAAUAUAUAGAAAUUCGUUUAUAUUUUAACUUUUUUUGUUUUACUUGACUCGUCAUCAGAAACUCUCUUAACUGAA